AUGGUGACCCGGAAGCCUGUCGGUCCGCCACUCAACACUACCCAGCAAUCGCCCGAACAAAGCAAUGCGACGACGACGACGACGACAAAUCCCCCAUAUCCCACCACUCCUACAGCCGCUUCGAAGUCGCCCGUGAUCACCGAGCUCGACAGAUCAAAGACACUCCACUCCAUCCAUAGUGUCUACAGCCCCGACCUGAACUCGAGUCCGGCCUUUGACCUGAUCGACAUGAACCAGGCACGACAACGACCACGACGGGACAGCGACGUCAGCUCGCACGGCACGUGGGACAGCGACGAGGACCACGAGGAGAGGAUGGGAGGGGAGGCGGAGGAGCGGAAGCAUCUAAAGGCAGACCUGCCGAAGCCAUUGAGGAUUACUAAGAGCCAGCAGGACAUCCACGAGAAUGCUCAAUCACAAGGUCGGAAGGACGAGCUGCCCGCUAUCCUCAAGCCUGGACCUGCUGCGGGAGCUGUACCCAUACCGAGGAAGAGCGAGGAGAUCUCCCGGUACGAAGACGAUGCACAAGCGAAUCCAUGGGCGACUGCUACUGCGCCGGUAGAGAGCAGCUCGAUACCAAACGGUCAAACCAGAAACCCAUACCGACAAGUGCCUAGUGUGGUGCCGGAGAUGGCGCAGGGCGAAACAUGGCAGUUCAAGCCAGCUCUGCUACCCACUCAGCCAAGCAAUGCGCCUCCCCCUCCCCCAGUCGAGAUAUCUACCUCGCCAAGAACACCCGCAGACGAGCUGAGUCAGAUGUCCUUGAACGCACAGCCCCACAAGCAGGAACGGCCCCAGCCCCAGCCAUUCGAGACCACGGAGAUACUGGCUGUACCGCAGAGCCGGCCACCGCCGCCAAGCGUGGUAGACGAGGAUCCGCCAGAGACGAACGAGUUCUACUCCAACAACCCAUGGCGAUCGCCCUCUGAAGGUGAAGUCCCUCAGCAAACACCCAAUGUACCACCGCCAGCACUACCAAAAGUAGCGCCACAGCAUUAUGCGCCACCUCCUGGACCUCCACCGAAAGCUGCAGCAUCUACUUCGCUGAUUGACCACCAAAGUCCUCCUUCACAAGCAGCUGCUGCGCAAGCACGGCCGGCACCUAUAGCUACAUUAGCCGCUACAGCUACAAUUCCUACAGACUCGAUACCAGAAACGCCUGGCACAAGAGACAAGCGACAACGGAGCGAGCACUAUCAAAUCAAGCAUAUAAACUGGACCGAUACUGCACACGGCUCAGCAUUGCGCCGAUCACCAAUCUUAACACAAAAUGCGAAUGGGCCCUGUCCACUACUAGCUCUUGUCAAUGCCCUCAUACUCAGCACACCUCAAGAUAUGCAUACCGCGCUGGUAGAGACACUCAGCACCCGCGAGCAAGUGAGUCUCGGCUUACUGCUCGAUGCAGUCUUCGACGAACUCAUGAGCGAACGAAGAAGCGAUGCAGCGCAAGGACUACCGGAUGUUGGUGAGCUUUAUGCAUUCCUACUCGCCCUCCACACCGGUAUGAACGUGAACCCACGCUUCGUCACGCCAGCAAAAGCACCACGAGGCUCACUCGACAAUCCACCGUCCGAUAAAACCAACCUACACUCAGCAGAUCGCGCUCAAACCAAAGCCGGCGCUUUCGAGGAGACUAGAGAGAUGCGGUUAUACAGCACCUUCAAUGUCCCAUUGAUCCACGGCUGGACAGCACCCAGAGAUACGCCAGCAUACACAGCUUUCGAGCGUUGCGCACCGACGUUCGAGGAAGCGCAAAACGUGCAGUUCCUCGAAUCAGAACUAGAGGACAAACUCCGCUCAGAAGGCCUACCACCAAACGAGCAGCGAAUGCUAGACGACAUCAAAACGAUCAAGCUCUUCCUCAAUACUUGGCCCACGCAGCUCACAGACUACGGCCUUGAAACCAUCUCCUCGAGUCUACAGCCUGGCCAGAUAGCGAUAUUAUUUCGGAACGAUCAUUUCUCUACUCUGUACAAGGAGCCGCGACAUGGCGCUCUUAUGACUUUGGUCACGGAUACCGGGUACUCGGGCCACGACGAGAUUGUGUGGGAAAGUCUGAUCGAUGUCAAUGGAGCGGCGAGCGAGAUAUUUAGUGGAGAUUUCCGGGUCGUGGGGGACGCUAUGGCUGGGCAGAGCCAGGCGGGCGAGCAGCAGUGGCAGAAUGCCGGAUCUGCACAGCACGGUGCAACCAGUCCUGUGGCGCCACCUCUACCCGGGCCACGUCCGCAGCAUCCACUCGGCGGCGAGGACACCCUAUUCGUGCCCCGGGAGAACAUCCAGCGCACAACCUCCGAACAAGAAGACCACGACCUAGCCCUCGCCCUCCAACUCCAAGAAGAAGAAGAAGACCAACAACGGCAAGCCGAGUCCCGCCGCCGCCGCGAACAAGCCCUAAGCGAACAAUUCCUCUCCACCGAAACCCCUGCCUCCCCGGAAGGCCCGCGGCCUCCAAUCCCACCCCGUCGAUCAGGAAACCGAGCUAGUCAAGCACCUACAGGCGGACGACCACCGGUCACUAGAGUUGCGGGAGCAGGAGCGAACACGGAUCCGGAUGCGCCGCCUACGUAUGAACAAUCUGCCUCCGAUCGACCUUAUCGUCCUGCUGGGGCGACGGCACAAGCGGGGUUGCAGCAGGGGAAUCCACUCAAUGCGUACGAUGCGCUUAGGAGACAGCAGGCGGGGUUUGCGGGACAGAGUAGCGGGACUGUUAACAAUAUCCCCUCGAGCCCGACUCCGGGGAACGGCGGGUUCCCUGGUGGAAGUGGACCAGGUAAUAGACGUCCAGGUCAGGGUCCGAAUCAGGUUAGACGGCGAAGCAGCCAGUUAGCGCCGCCGGGGAGUUAUGGGAGUGGGAUGAAUCCUGCCCCAGGAGGAGGAGGUGGGGGAAGUGGGUACGGACUAGCUGGAGGAAACGGAAAUGGCUCGUCUGGUUCAGGAGGAGCGCCUCCGGGGCAAGGAAGGCCUGGGGCGGGACAGGCGGCCGGGCUGAAGGAUGCGGAGGAUAAGUGUGUCGUCAUGUGA